ACUCUCCGAAGCGUCGAGUCCAACAGGCAGUUCUCGUGUUUGCAUACCAGGAAGGAUUUGAUAUAUCUCCUAAGUGAAUUUUGAUAUUGUUAUUGUCUUUGGAAUUUGUACAUACGAUAGUGGUCAUUUUGAAGAAAUAGCGAAUUCUUAGAAGCGCUUACGAGGAAGAAAACAGGCGGAAAAAACAGGUGUAACGAGCUCUACAGCUGGUGUUCUUUUUCUGUCGAGAAUCUCCGCAAUGCAAGACAAGGAGACCGUGGACGACGCUGAGGAGGCCUUGACUUGCAAGACCGACAUCAUCAGCCAAACUCCUGAGAAAAAAGACGAGAAGCAGAAGGAAUCCACCAAAGACGGAAAAUUUGCCUUCCGGAAGAUGAAAACGCCCAAGAAAGAGAAACCUGACAAAAAUAGUCCGUCGAAGUAUGAAGGAGACGGAGUUGUCUUCAAAGCAAAACUGAUUGGUGUUGAAUCAGUAUCCGAUCCAAGAGGAGACAAAAUGUGCCAAGAGGCGAUGCAAAGGUUGAAGUUGAACGUUAAGAAUACUGGUCCACAUAAAAGGAAAAUAACUAUAUCUGUUUCUCUACAAGGCAUCAAAAUAAAGGACGAGAAAACAGGGGCCGUGAUGUACCAUCAUCCGGUUUCCCUGAUAUCUUUUAUAUCUCAAGAUAUAUCAGACGCAAGAGCGUUUGGCUAUGUAUUUGGAUCCACCAGCGAACCUCACCAGUUCAUUGCAAUAAAAACAGAGAAACCCGCUUUUCAUGUUGUUUUGGCCUUGAGAGAUUUAUUUCAAACAGUUUUGAAUCAUAAACAGGAAGAAAUACAACAUGUUAAAGAACAGACGACCGAAGAGCCUAAAGCUACUAAAGCAGAUGAAAUUGAAAAGAAAGAAGAUCAAAGCGUGAAAGCAGAAGAACCUAUAAAGGUGCCAGAAGAGGCCAAACCUAAAGAUGAAAAUAUAUAUUUUGAAGUACUACUGACGGAACCCCGGCAAGUUCCUGAGGAAAGUUUGUUAGUCGACAAUAAAGAGCCUACAACAACUGUAGAUGAUCUUUUAGGUUUACAAAAUGAAAUGGAUAAAUUAAAAGAGGGUAUAAACCAAAUGGAUACCAGUAUUGCUGCUGUUGCAGCAUUCAAUACUGAUGUCCCAUUACCAGAACCAGACCCUUUCGACACUUCUUUCGUUUUGGGUCCAAAACGGGAUUCCUUUCCUUUACCUAUGCCAACGCCCAUACCAGUUCCUGCCACUACAGCUCCUAUGACAGUUGUAGAAGAUAAUCUGUUUGCAGAGCAAAGUGGAUUCGGUGAUAAAUAUGCUGCCUUUAAUGCCAUUGAUACUAUUCCUAGUGUUUUCGAGUCGCCUGAAAACAAUGGAGAACAAAAUGUGGCAGACAUCAAAGAUCUCGAAGAAGAAAUUACGAAAAAGACAGCACCUGCCAAACCUCCUCGUCUGAGCAAGUCACCUGACUUAAGCGUAUUCGCUGAUCUAGACCCACUUGGAAAGGACAGGCCUUACAAAGAUAAAACCGAAUUUUUCCAGGAUGUCAAAAAUCCUCCUAAAAAGGUUCUGAAUGAUCUGGUUGAUCCCAACAAGGAAUUCCCUAUUGUGUUACCCUCUGUUCCUUCUUUCCCUGUCGAUUUUGAGAACAUAACCCCACCUUCCUUCGUUAACUCUCCUGCAUCUGUACCUCUGUCAACUACCCCCUUAACUACACCUAUGGCUUAUAGUUUGAAUGGGAAUGGUGAGAAAAUUCCUAAUCCUUUUGAAAGCAAAAACAUCCCGGAAAACAAUUAUUAUGCUCCGUUAUCCAAUGGUUUGGUAGGUUUUCCAAUGAAUGGUUCUUCACAUGUUGGAAAAUCUCCACCGCUUGCCAAUCAACAGCUUACUGUUAACUGUAAUUUAAAUAUGCAGCAAAAUACAAGUUCUCCUAUACCUAUUCCUUCUAAUCAAACAGGGUUAAUCAAAGAAAGGGCAUUUUCCAAUGGAAGCAUAGGAAGUCCUUAUUCAAAAAGUCCUCUUAACUACAGCACAGAUUCUCCUGUUAAUUCUGAUUAUUACAUUCCAAACUAUAACAGUUCUGAAGGGAAUAGUCCGACAGGAUUUAAAAAUGGUUUGCAACAAAAUCAUUACACAACAAAUGGGGAAAAUGGCCACAUUUCACCUAAUGGAAAUACUAACCUUACCAAGCAUAACAUUAAUAGCCUCCUUAAUAAUAACACUACUAACACUCAACAAAAUGGUGUUUCUCGCCCCAGACCGCGCCCAUCUCUCAACAAAGGAGGUUCAAUACCGAAUGGUGGACGCACUGUUUCAUCUCACUCAUUGUCAAGCGAUUCAUCUUCAGACUAUGAGGUUAUUAGUCGUGAAAAUAUGCAAUCCAUCGCCAAUGUGUUGCUAACGAAUGGGCAUAGAUUGAGGGCACAGUCCCUGUGUCUAGAAUCGAACAAUGAAUUCAAACUAAAGCUACCUGGUGAGAAAAAUAUUUUUGCAAAACAGCACGAUCCGUUUGCUGAUGAUUUCUUCUUCUCUUUACCAAAGAAAAAUAGCCAUCUAACCAAUGCAGAAAUUCCAGAAUAUGUGUGACCAUGUGUGGUUUUAUGUUUUGUGACUUGUCUUUAACAGGACGACGAACUAGAAGAAUCGCCAUAUGGUACAGUAGUCAAAGAAAAGAAAACGGAGGAAGAAGAAGUAGAAGAAUGAAAGUUUUAAGUAUAUUCUAAAAUGCAUGAAUUAGUAAGUGAAGAAAAAAUUAGAACUGUUUCAUAUUACAAGUUAUUCAAAUAUCUUAUGUGUAUAUAAAAAUCAUUUGUGUUAUUUAGGUAACUCCAAACAAAUUAAUGGUGGAUUACAAUUCAAUAGAGUAAUAUUCAAUUUGAACUCAACUAAAAUAUUUAUUUGUAAUAUAUAAAAUUUAUUCAAAAUAUAACCUUUUUUGUAAAUCUAUGGAAGAAAAAAACUUGUAAAAUAAUGAUUUUCAACAGCAUUUUUGUAGAAUUUGAAAAAUGAACUUUGUUUUGUUUUUGUUUUCAUGGAUUUUCAGUGUCUAAUUAUAUAUGUAUGAAUUGUAUUAGAUAAUGAAAAAUGAAAUAUAUGUUUUCUAUUGAAGAUUUUUAUUUCAUGUUUUAUGAAUAAAUGAAUGUGUGAUUGUACAA